AUGAAUGCACAGAUGUUAGCAAACUGCGGCUGGGGCGCUUGCCGCGUCGGCGUGCCAGACGGCCAACGGUUCUACGAUGCUUUGGCCAACGCAGGCAUGCUGCUCAUGCGGACAAAGAGUUCCGCAAUCCUGGACCAGCAUAUUUGUGGCCUCCUGUGGACCUUCGCAAAGAUCGAGGUCCCCACCGAGACGACGAGGCAGUUCAUGCUGCGAGUUGCAAGCGAGGGACGACACGGUGGGCGCCUCUGGCAGAUGAACCCCUAUCACCUGGCCAGCGUGGUUUGGGCACUGGCCAAGGCCUUCACACCGGACAACUUGGCACUGAGCGAGGACAUCCAAGUUCCGGAGCCCGUCCUCCUUGCGCUCGCCAUGGCGGCCCAGCGCGUCUGCGAAGAUGCGCGGCCCUUUCGGGCCAAGGAUUUAUCAUGGAUCCAGUGGGGCGCCGCGCGCGUCGGUCUGGCAGAGCCAGUGGCUCAGAUGCUUCCGGCAGUGGUCCGGCGCAUGGCCUGGCCAGAAGAAAGCGACGCUACGGAGGUCAAUGCUCAAGAUUUCUUCAUGGUCCUCUGGUCGAUGGCCGCGCUCGACGUAGGCAGGCCCACUCUGCCGGAAGACGUGGCCGAGCCGUUCCUCCGUGCUGCCCUGUCGAGCUUGCAGCUAGCAGACCCCUGGGACGAGGCAGGCUUUCUCUCAAUUUCUGCCUGGUCAUGUGCAACUGCGGAUCUGCGGGCGCCUGCAGACGAGCUCAUUGCAGUUGCUAUCGAACGUGCUCUCGAGGUAAAGGCCAAUCCUCGGCAUGCUUGGGACUUGCGUUCGAAGGUGCUCCUCGCCUACGCCAAAGUGCUUCAUCCUGCGUCUCCGACUCCGUCGGAGGUCGACUUCGUUGCCGACGUCUACGAGGAGUCGCAGAGCACGCGUGGCCAAGCUGAGGUAGACGACUGGCAAUCCCACAUUUUCCACACGGCAAUGAUCUACUUGGCCUUGCGUUACUUUCCGCAGUUCCGAGCGAGGCGGCAAGCACCGCCCCCCGUGGGGCUUCAGAACGAAAGUGGCCUUCUUUCGUCGGAUAUGCACAAAAAUGUGGAGUCCGUCCUGCUCGGUUUCGGCCUGGCUUCGCGAUUGCAGACGGAGGUGUUCCUCGAGGGUGGCCUGUCUGUGGAUACAGUGCUGCUACCGCCGCGGACACGAGAAGUUGCGGGCAAAAAGUGUCAGAAUCGGAUCUCGGUUGACGGAUCUUUCGCGACGGCGAUGUCCGCUGGCUCACGGCCCUUGGGAUACCUUGGAGCCGAGCAUACUCUGGUCGUCUCGGACAUCCCUCCGCUUGCUCCGGACGUCUGGCUACGUGAAGAUGGAGUCAGCAGAAGGGCCUCUAUUGAGGCUGACCAAUAG